UCUAGCGCGUGGUCCCGCACCUCGUUCCAGGAGCUCGACCCUUCGGCGGUUCAGAUCUCUCCGCGUCGGCACCUCAGAAAUAUCGCCAAGAUGGGUGACAAAUCUGAGAUGUCGAUGUCGGUCCAGAGCGCCUGGGAGGAUCUGGUGGUCGAAAACCCGAACCGCCGGAAGCUCGAGGCGUGCCUGGUCACCACAAUCAUGGUUGUAGUUGUGUGCAUCAUGGGCCUGCUGCUCUUCGUGGUCAUCGAGCUUCAACCUGCUGACAACCUGAAGAGGGUUCAGAGAAGACCGAACGUCGUUGACUGCAACAACGGCACGUGCCCAGAAUUUGCACACCGAGUGUUGGGCUGGAUCAACUUCCAGGUGAAGCCUUGCGAAGACUUUCACAUGUGGGUGUGUCAGGGACGCCUUACGGACUCCCCCGAGGAUGCUUUCCAGCAAGACGCCCAACGAUCCGGCACGUACGCCGCCAACGCUCACUUCUACAACCUGCUCAUGAGAAACUACCAUUACGAAGAGAGUACAGCAAAGAAGGUCGUGGAGCCUGCCUUCACGUACAUGGUGAAAUUAUUCGACAUCUGCGUUAGGGGCUUGGAGAAAGACAACGGCACACAUCCUCUGAAAGAUUUGCUGGACCAAACUUUGUGGAGUGGGCCACUGAAAGGUUUUGCUGGAGCGUCUCAAGUCUCCACCUUCAUGGAUUUACACGUAGACCUGGUAAAAAAGUUCAACUUUCACCCCUUUGGCCGCCUCAUGAGGAACGAUGACAUCUGGUUUGUUAUGCCCAUGUCCCUUUUGGGCACAUCGGAACAGCUACAGCUUAAAGGAUUCAGGUCAGAGUUUAUUGCUGCAUACGACGCAUUUGCAAGGAAAUACCAGAAGGGGACCGGAGACGACGCAGGGGCAGCCUUUGAUGUAGAAAGCAAGAUUGGAAAGGCUAUGGAAGGCAAGGACCUGCAGACCGACUACCCAGGCAGUGUCGUACUCGGAGUAAAGACAACUAACCUAAAGCUUCCGGAGCUCAUCGAACAAGCGUACGGUGUAACCGUCGCCGGAAAAAUCAUGGCCCGACAUCCAGGACAGCCGGCUGCUAUAGCAGCUUAUGACGCAGGAGGCUACGCGUCGAUGAACCUCGCCAUGAUGAAGUUCCUGCUGAAACUUUCGCUUUUCAUGGACGAAGACGAGCCUGCGCUUGGCCCGUUCUUCGCAUUCGCCAACAAGUACGAAUGGGGAUCGAAGGUUCUGCCCGUGAAGGUGUACCGUUGUGGCACAUUCAUUGAGGACUACUUGAAGCCCGCGAUGAUGCAGUUUAUAUUUCAUUACGACAAGGAGCGACUAGACGCUAUCAGUACAGAGGCAAGUAUUACUUAUCUUGCGAGAAUCUUUUGUUGAUCUAUUUUAAAGUGGCUUCUAU